GAUAGUUCGAAUUUUUUGGAGUUCUUCUCGAGGACUUUAACUCAAUCAUUUUGAACUUUCUUUCAUAUAAUCCGUGAAAUGUGUGUGACAGAGUAUUUAAAAAAAAAAAAAAAAGAAGAAUUUCAUUCUAUUUUCUGCAUUGUAUCGGAAAAGCGCUCGAUAAUACACUAUAGCUGUAAGGUCAUCUACGUAAUUAAGAAAUGAUUCGCAAUUAUUGAAAGAACGAAGCGAAGUAGUGCUGAUUACUUGUUACUGACCUGGGAUCUUUGAGAAAUCGAUGAAUAUUAUAAAAUGUCAGAGACCCAUACAUCUUUGUGUAUACUCCUCGUUUUAAGUCAUCGUCUUUAUUAAUAUAUCCUCAUUAGCGUUACGAUGCUUUAAUUAGUGUAUUUUGUUGAUGAAUUAAUUCGUUGAUAAAAACCCUUUGAAAGGGAUUACGUCCGGUGAAUAUUGAUUCGUGAACAUUUCUACUUUCUCGAGAUAUGGGAUAUUGUUUUUUCAACCAUGGUCGUCGUGACGUCAUCGGCCGUUACCGUCGUUGAGGAUUUCUCGAAGGACACUUUGGGAAGGUUGCGUAUUCGGUACGUGAUGCCGGCGACGCAUUUGACGCUGCGCGAAGAGGACGUGGUAAGACUGAUCUUGGAGUUCCUCCACAGUCGUGACCUUCACAUCUCGCAGCUUUCGCUAGAACGGGAGACAGGCGUGAUAAAUGGACAGUACAGCGACGAUGUACUCUUCUUGAGACAACUCAUCCUUGACGGACAAUGGGACGACGUGUUAGAAUUUAUUCAGCCACUGGAAGCACUACCGGAUUUUGACAUGAGAAAAUUUACCUAUUCCAUAUUACGACAUAAGUACGUAGAACUAUUAUGCAUCAAGUCCGAAGCAAAUCUGAUAGCCGCUGGUACAAACGGAAGCGUCGAUAAUGCUGUCGAAGAAGUGGUCAAAGUUCUUAGCGAUUUAGAGAAGGUUGCACCUACCAAAGAGGAAUACAGUAGUUUUUGCCUUCUUCUCACGCUUCCACGACUCACCGAUCACCUACAAUACAAGGAUUGGAAUCCCAGCAAUGCCAGGGUACAGUGUUUCCGCGAAGUUCAUCCUUUGGUUGAAAAGUUCCUCCCAGGCGAUCGAAAAUCGAAUGAUUUAGUUCAUCCGGUAACAUCGGCGAAAAAUGACAGGCUUAUUCAAUUGAUCAUCAAGGGUAUACUUUAUGAAUCCUGUGUUAAUUAUUGUCAGGCCAAGGCUACUGGUUCGAAAGAAAGCGAACAGGUCGAGAUGAGUUUUUGCAGACUGUUAGACGGUUCUAUCGGCUUUAGCGAUUCGGAUCUGAGCUUAUUAUCUUGGUUGCAAAGUAUACCGCCAGAAACUUUCGCUGUACCUUUCGCUCAAAGAACAUUGAACGUUGAUGUGGAACGUCUCGAGAGGCCGUCUUUAGAAACUUCAUGGACCGAGCAUAUGUUGAUAACUCCCAUCAAACCGAAAACUUUUCCUCACAGCGCCAUGCCCUUUACAAGACCUAGAUCGGCAGCUGACAUGAUGUCGCGUAGUUUGGUACCAGCUUUAGAGGCCGGUCCAGGUCCUAAGAAUAUGCCUAUACCAUCGGCAGCUCUAAUGGCAUUAUCAACCGGUGACAUAAAUCUUAUGUCGAGAUCCUCCUUCGCCAGUUUUCAUUUGACCGGUUUCAAAAAUAACAAAUUAAUGAAUACUAGCGUGGACCGGCUCUUCGAGAACGAAGGCGAUGUCUUCCUGAGUUCUAGCUAUGCUGAUUUUCAAUUAUUACCAUCGAUACAAGAAACAACGACUAGUAGUCAUCCUAAGGUUCCACCAAGGAUCAGAGGACAAUCUAAAAGUCCAGAAGCUAUCAAGGCGGCUGAUCCAUCAGCGGCGUCGACGCCGGAACGAAGAGUUUCAGGUAGAGAAUCGCCAGCACCAUCAACAGCUAGAAGUUCUAGAAGAGAUUCUUUAGCCGAGAAACCUACCGGUGUCGCAGCAAAAAUUACGGAACCAUCAGUGAUCCCUAACAGAGCUAUUCCAGUGGAUCAAUUUGAGCAGAGCUAUAACGGUGAUCUAUUUAAAGAAUAUCAGAAGCAAAAACAAAAAUUGCAAGAGACGAUUCAACAGAAGGAAAGGGAAAGGGACGAAUUGGUUAAACAGUUGUCGACUCCGUUACCUGCUCAAAUAAUAGAAAAACGAUUACAAGCUGACGGUAUAAAGCAACCUUUGGGUAGCAAAGGUCCAUCUCCGGUUCAUGCAAGUACACCUGUAAGAUCUGGUAUUCAAUCGCCAAAGCCAAUGAUAAAUGGUUAUGAUCAAGUCACGAGACAAAAUUCAGCACCGUGUGUUAACGAAUCGGGAAUUCACGAGAGUCAUUACGAUAUAGUCAAGACGACAAAGCAAGAGCCAAGACCAGAUCUCGACGUUAGCAAUGGAAGCAGCAACGGUGGUAGACCGAGAUUUGUUCCAGUCACAGCAUUGGAAGAUGUACAAGCAGUUCGUUGUGCCGAAUUUCAUCCACACGGUAAAUUAUAUGCCGUGGGAUCGAACUCGAAAACUGUCCGAAUAUGCGCCUAUCCUAAACUCCACGACGUCAGGGAGGAUCAUCAAACUUAUCAACCUACUGUUCUCUCAAAGAGAACGAAGCAUCAUAAGGGCUCGAUAUAUUGUCUUGCUUGGACACCGGAUGGUCAGUUAAUGGCAACCGGAAGUAACGAUAAGACGGUCAAACUUAUGCGUUUCAAUGCGGACACCUCGAGUCUUGAAGGUCAAGAGGUAGAAUUGACGAUGCACGAUGCUACGGUUCGUGAUUUAUGUUUCUUGGAAGAUACGUCGAAUAAAUCCAGCCUCCUGAUCAGUGGAGGUGCUGGAGACUGUAAGAUCUACGUUACCGAUUGCACAACCGGUACUCCUUUCCAAGCUCUGAGCGGUCACAGUGGUCACAUAUUGACUCUCUACAACUGGGGAGGCGCCAUGUUCGUCAGUGGAUCGCAAGAUAAAACGGUCAGGUUCUGGGAUCUUAGAACACGAGGUUGCGUUAAUAUGGUCACACCUGCGACGGUACCUGGUAGUAGGUAUUUAAUGUCGUUUCAGGUUGGCAGUCCAGUCGCUGCUCUCUGCGUUGAUCCUUCAGGACGUCUUCUAGUCUCUGGACACGAAGAUAGCAGUUGCGUUCUUUUCGAUAUUCGAGGUGGAAGAACGGUUCAAUGUUUCAAACCUCAUGCAGCGGAUAUACGAAGCAUACGUUUCUCUCCUUCUGCUUAUUACCUGCUUACAGGAGGAUAUGAUAAUAAGUUGGUACUUACCGACCUCCAAGGUGAUUUGACGAUGCCACUUCCAAGUGUAGUGGUUGCUCAGCAUCAGGACAAAGUAAUCUCCGGACGUUGGCAUCCAACGGAAUUCUCUUUUCUUAGCACGUCAGCUGAUAAAACCGCGACACUGUGGGCUUUACCACCUAUAUAGAAGGGGAAAGAAGAUCAAAAAAUCUUUAUCCUUCUCAUACGUUAUUAUUUAUUUAUCCUUUUUGUAAGAUCAUUCGCCACGGUCUUAAGAUCGUUCGUUCUACGCCAAUCAUGCGAGAGUUUCUUUCACGAAAAAAUUUAUUCAUAAUCAAUUAAAGGUAAAGAAAGAAAAGUAAAAAAAAAAAAAAGAGUGAUGGAAUUAAAUUGAAACAAAGAAAAAGAAAAAAAAAAAAAAGAAAAAAAUAAAAAAGAAAUAAAAAAAAGAAUGAUCGUAGAACGAGCGACCUACGCGAUAAACGAGAACGAACUAUCCCCGUGUAUUUCGUGCUUCAUUAUGACCAAUUAAAAAAGUGCAUUUGAGUUAUAAUUGUGCACGGGGAUGAUAUACGAUUAAAAAUAUAAUAUCGUUACUACACGCUUUGAAUAUCUCGUUAUUGAAAAGAGACAAAAGUAAAAGUUAAGCAAAGUAGGAGCAGCAACGUGAUCAGAUCUAUCGAUCUUAUUUCGACUCGAAGUUUGAUUAGAAUAGGAAAUCGCUAAUUGCGAUGGGAAUUUAUAAGACUGCGAAGGAGUUAGUCUCGUCUUUUUUUUUUUUUUUUUUUCUUUUUUUAUAUAUAUAUAUAUAAACGCGUUAUUAUCGAGGAGACGUAAUGUUAUGUUACGCAUGUGAAAAAAAAAGAAGUAGGAUUUUCGAAAAGCCGAAAUUGGCAGUACUUCGCGUUUGUCUCGUUCUAUUCUAAUUAAAUCUAUCUCUCUUUUAUAUAUGAUUACGAUCGCAUCAUGUAGUAAUGUAAAUACAUUAACGUAACACAAUCGAUUAAAAAUCAUUCAAGUAGA